AUGCUUCUCCACAUCGCCGACAGCAUCAAUGAGAAGAGAGGGAUCGCUGCAUUGGCUAGAAGCAACCGAUUUUUCUAUGAGCUCUUCAACCCCGUGUUGUAUGCUAAAGAUGCCCGAUCUGGAGCUCGCGCUCUGGUCUUUGCCAGUGAAAAUAAUCGCAUGAGGACUGCACAGCUUUCACUUGCCAGCGGAGCCAAUCCAGAUACAAAGCAAGGCUAUGUUUUGAUGAUGGCCCUGAAAAAUCGAAACACUGAUAUGGUUCGGUUGCUUCUAGAUGCCGGAGCAGAUCCGAAUGCUUGUCGAUGGGGAGAUACAUCUCCUCUCAUUUGGGCUCUCAAACCCAAAGACCGGGUCUUGUUCAAUUGCCCAGCGUUCCAUGCAGGCCAACACCAAAACGAAGAGCUACUUCUCAACCUCGAUCACAAAUCAUCCAAGAGUUCUCUGCUUAAACUUAUGCUGGAUCACGAGAGUAGCCACAAACUCGAUGUGAGGACCCUGGGUCCCGGUAACAAUACCGCGUUGCACUAUGCUGCUUACUUUGACUUCCCAGAAGUUGCAGAACGCUUGAUUGAACUGGGAGCAGUGAUUGACGCGAUGGACAUUAAUGGACAAACACCGCUUUUACACGCCGUUGUGAAUCAUUCAAUCGCCACCGCGCGCCUCUUGUUGAAUUACGGCGCCUAUGUCGACGUCCGGCAGAGGGAUUUAAACUUCACACCCCUUCAUCGUACGAUAAGCUACGGAAUAUCCGACAACAAAAUGGCAGUACUUCUGCUAAAUUCGGGCGCUGAUACGAUGACAACCAAUGGACGCGGGAACACUGCAUUACAUGAAGCUGCGCAUUACGGUGAUUUCCAUACCGCACGUCGAUUGCUUGAGAGCGAUGUGGCGAUGGAGCCAUUGAACCAUCUAGAUGAAACCCCGAUUCAAAUCGCAGCGACCCGAAAUCACAUCUCCGUCGUUCAAUUGCUACUGCAGUAUGAUCCCGAUCCUGUUUGCCGAGGAAUAUUCCAAAAACUCGAUCCCAGAGACUAUGAUCAACCACAGGCGUUGGCCUUUUUAGCAAAAAAGCAACUUGACGGAAGACCUCUAGCUGCUAUUGCUCGAGCUGUCGUUGCUCGUGGUAUUGAGGUAUGGGUUAAGAGAUAA